CUGAAGAUUGGCUCCUUCGGCUUCUUUUGGGCCCAGAACAUCAGCCUUAAGUUCCAGCAGGAGCAGCAGACUGUGGAGAUUGACAACGUCUGGAUCUCCAGCAAACUGAGCCGGGAGCUGCCGCGCUACUUUGAGCUGUGUUUUGGUGAGGUGCGAAUCCGAACGGAUCUCCAGAAGGGCCCUGGGUUCCAGCCGUCCGUCCCGGAGACUCCCAGAGAAGCUGAUGGAAAUGAAAACAGAGCAGACCUGACUCUUAAACCCUCCCUGCUGAGGCUCCUUAGCCAGCUCUUUUCCAUCCACAUGGACUCCAUCAACAUUAUCGUUCUGCACAUGGCCACCUCAGAGUCUCUUUGGCACAUCCAGGCCAGCAAGACCCGUCUCCUCCUGAAUGGCGAUGGGAAGAGCCUAACCUGCGAGGUGAGCCUGACAAAGGUGAACAGCAAAGUGCUCCGGAGCAGCCAGCUGGAUGACACCUGCCUGGUGGAGCUGGCCCUGGCGCUCUCCGUCUCACUGGAGAUCAGCAGCAAACGGCGGUUGGUGGGUGUCAGGCUGCGUGUCCGGAGCCUGCAGGCAGAGCUGCAUGAAGGGCUUUUCUGCAGCCCGCUGCUGCACCACGUCACUGCUGGGGCCCAGCGCGGCAGUGUGGGGGAACAGCCCAGCCCAGGCCCGGGGAAGCCCCUGAAGUCCCUGUCCCUGCUGAGCAGGGACACACUGCAGCUCAUCCCCAGGAGGGUGGAGGUGAAGCUGGAGAACACCAGCGUGGUGCUGUCUAUGAACAGCCAGAAGAGGCACCUCAACUGGAGCCUGAAGCUGCUGCAGUUUCUAUAUCAGCGUGAAGAGGAGCAGAUCCCACUGCGCAACUUCACGCCCACCUCAGACCUGGACCAAAUGAGUGUAGACCUCCAGCUGGAGGAUGGCCUUCUCCUGUCCCAGAGCCGCCAGCGCAUCGUGUGCCUCAACUCCCUGAAGACCAGCGUGCAGGUCACAGCCAUUGACCUCUCGGCUGCUGUGCUGGGCAAUACCUGCAUCGUCCCCAUCGUCCACUCCCGCCACCAAGAGUUUUCGCACUGGCUGAGCCUGUUGGCACAGGAAUACAGGUGCCAGGCGGUGCCUGUCCCCAGCCAAGGGCACAAGGGAAGGAGCUAUCCCCAAAUCAUAGCGCCCAUCAUCCUGUGUGUCUCACUGUCCAAUGUCAAUGUGUCAGUGCAGCUGGGGGACACGCCACCCUUCGCCUUGGGCUUCAACUCCAUCUCUGCAGACUACCAGCACCUGCGGCCACAGAGCGUGCACCAGCGAGCGGUGCUGGCUGUGGACCACCUCUGCUGGCGCGUGGGCAACGACUCGCACAUCCAGCGUGCCCCGCAUCCCCCCAACAUGCACGUGUGGGGAGAAGCCCUCAUCCUCGACUCCUUCAACCUGCAGGGCAGCUACAACCAGCCCCUGGGCAUGUCCAGCGCCCAGUCGGACACACUUUUCCUGGACUGCACCAUCCGGGGGUUGCAAGUGGAGUCGUCGGACACCUGCACCGAGUGCCUGGCCAGGGUCCUGCCCCUGUUCUGCCCGCGGCCCAGCGGAGCUGAGCUUGCCAAGCAGCCACCCUCUUCCUCAAGCGAGCCCUGGGGGCUGCUCUGGAAGGUGGAUCUGAAGGUGGAGGACGUGAACCUUUUCACACUUUCGGCCCUGGUGGGUGCCCUGGAGCUGCGGCUGGACACUCUGACCUGCGUCUCCUACCACAGCAGUAUCCGCUCCCUGGAGGUGCAGUGCGGCGAGGGGCUGGCGGUGCUGUGGAGCCCGCCUGACCACAUGCACUUGUACCAUCACACCCUGGCCACCCUGCAGUGCCACGAAGCCUUGCAGAGCGCCCUUGGCCACAGGACGCCUCAUUCCCUGCCCCCAGAGAGCCCAGCGUCCCACCCGGCCACCCCUACUGAGACACUGGCACCCCUCCAGCCAGAUGGGACCCCCCCCAAAAGACUCCUGUCCUUGUCACUGGAGCUGAGCUCUGCCAAGCUCACAGCCUUUGUCUCUGAAGCCAACUACAUCAGCCUGGCUGCCGAAAGGACCUCCGUGAGCUGGCACGGCGGUUCCCUGCACAGCUACUGCCCCGAGCUGGCCGCCGGCUUUGAUGGACACAGCAUCUUCAGCUUCAAGGAGGUGGAGGUGAAGCUGCUGCCAGAGCUGGAGGAGGUCAUCUUGCAUCGCUGCGCCUUCCCCACCCUGCGCACCCUCCGCAAUCGUGGCUGGGCCUUCUCCUUUGCCAGCGUGACCAUCGAGUUCCCCUACCAGUAUGACUUCUCUCGUACGCUGGAUGCUGCCGUGGGCGUGCAGAAGUGGCUGAAAGGUCUGCACCGGCGCGGGCGCCCUGCCAGCACGGCACUGCCCCCCGACCUCCUGCUCAAAGUGACACACUUCUCCUGGGUCUUCCUGGACGACGUCUUUGAGGUCAAGUUACGAGACAACUAUGAGCUGAUGAAGGACGAGAGCAAGGAGAGCGCCAAGCGCUUGCAGCUGCUGGACGCUAAGGUGGCUGCGCUGCGCAAGCAGCAUGGCGAGCUGCUGCCUGCCCGCAAGAUCGAGGAGCUCUAUGCCUCACUGGAGAAGAAGAACAUAGAGAUCUACAUCCAGCGCUCGCGGCGCCUCUAUGCCAACACGCCCAUGCGGAGGGCCCUCCUCACCUGGACUCUGGCCCACCUGGAGCUGGUGGCCAUGGCCGAUGAGUCCUUCCAUGGCACGGAGCGUGUGUUGGAGCAGAUGAGGGACCUGGAUGGUGUCAGCCCAUUCCCCCCCGAGGGUCUGGAGAUGGUCACCCAGUGGUGCCGCAUGAUGAAGGGCAGAGUUGGCAGCUUCUUUGUGCGGAUCCGCGACUAUCCUCGCUACCUCUUUGAGAUCCGGAACUGGCAGCUCUCGGGCCGGCUGAUCGGAGCAGAGCAGUGUGGCCAGGCCUGCUCCCGGCGCCGCCAGGUCCUGAAGCUGGGGCUGCCCUGGGGGGACGCGACAGUGGAGAGGAACAUGCCGCCCUUGAAGUUCUACCACGACUUCCACUGUAAGAGUUGGAGGGGCAGGGGGGGCUCUGUGCUGGG